GCAAGAGAUCACCAGCUUCGUGCUUAGGGUUUCCGAAACCUUUGGAUUAUUAGGGUUUCGGAAUUCCUUUCCACGAAACCCUAGAUUUCUUUUUUUUAUUACCAUUAACAUCGUUGACUGAAAAUUCACGUCUUUCGUGAAGCUUUGAAAGUUCCCUCUCUUUAAUCGCGAUGGCGCUCUGUUUCUAAGAAAGGGAACCUUUGGACCCUCCGUCCAAUCCUUGCGUCCCAAGGAAUCGCCAUUGUCGCUAGUGGUUGAUGCUCUUGUCCGCCCUAUAUAUAUAUAUAUAUAUAUUGAUCACAGUUGCUUCCAUUAUAUCUUCACUGACGAGCAGCUGAAAAAGAGCCAGCAGUGAAAAAUCACCACAAAAAUCAGUCAAAGAUGGUGGCUUUUCAAUCCUCAGUUCAUGUUUUUCUUGCAAAAUUGCAGUCUUUCCGGUUUGAGAUCUUGAGACCAGUGUUUCUUCAUGGUUUCUUUGGUUUUUGCCACGUUUUCGUAUUGCUUGCUCUGUUGCUGCUCUGGCUUCGUCGCAAGUUUAAAGGUGCGAACUUUAAUCGGCGCUUGUCGCGAAACAGUCGGUCUUUGUAUCACAAGAUUGCUGUUUUCACUUGUUUGUUUCUCGGCCUGCUGAAUCUCUUCUUCUGCGUAUAUGACUACUUUUGGUUCGAGUUUGAUGUGUGGAACGAUGGUCAUUGGGUUACUCUUCUGGAUUUAGCUGGUAGAACUCUUGCAUGGUUCGCAGUCUCUUCUUCCUUGCACUCUGAGUUCAUCCAUGCUGGCCGGAAGAAAUUCUCUCUCUUGUUGAGGCUUUGGUGCGGUUUAUUCUUGAUUCUUUCUCUUUCUUUGCUUGUCAUUGACUUUGCUUAUUUUAGAAGAGCUGGUGUUCUUGAAACAUAUGAUUUGGUUCUGGAUUCUGGUUCUCUUUUGUUCGGUUUGAUCCUCAACUAUGUCCUCUUCUCGUGGAAGAGGAAUGAAGAUGAAGAAGAAGAAAAAGAAGAAGAUGAGGAGAACACUCACCUAAGGGAGCCUCUUUUAGAUGCCAACACUCAGAACACAACUGCAGACAUUGGCAAUGUGUCUCUGUUCGCAAACGCUGGGCUUCUUAGCAUCCUCACCUUCUCUUGGAUGGGUCCUUUGCUCGCCGUUGGUCAUAAAAAGACUUUAGACCUUGAAGAUGUACCGAAGCUCGCUGAUUAUGAUACUGUUCAUGGUGUCUUUCCCAUCUUCAAGAGGAGGCUUGAAUCUUAUGUCACCACGGAUGACAAUGCUGGUGGCAAGAAUAGCAACAAAAUCACCACAUUCAAAUUGGCCAAAGCGUUGAUCUUCUCCGUGUGGGAACAAUUCCUCUUGACAGGCUUGUAUGCACUGGUGUACACUGGAGCUACUUAUGUAGGUCCUUAUCUUAUUGAUUUCUUUGUUCAAUACCUCAACGGCGACCGGAAAUUUGCUAAUGAAGGGUAUUACUUGGUUGCGGCAUUCAUUGUUGCCAAGCUUCUUGAGUGCCUCUCUCAGAGGCACUGGUUUUUCAGAUUGCAAGAGGCUGGGAUAAGGAUGAGGUCCUCUCUCGUGGCGAUUAUCUACCGAAAAGGCCUUGCUCUGUCCAGUAGCUCACGGCAGAGCCGAACCAGUGGGGAGAUCAUCAACAUAAUGUCUGUUGAUGCUGAGAGGAUAUCACUCUUCAGUUGGUACAUGCAUGAUCUUUGGAUGGUGCCAAUCCAGGUAGCACUGGCCUUGUUGAUCUUGUAUGCAAGUCUGGGACUUGCUUCAUUUGCUGCUUUGGGAGCCACCAUUGUUGUCAUGUUGUUGAAUGUUCCACUGGGGAAGAUGCAAGAGAAGUACCAGGAGAAGUUGAUGGAGUCCAAAGACAUCAGGAUGAAAGCCACUUCAGAGAUCUUGAGGAACAUGAGAAUUCUCAAGCUUCAAGGCUGGGAGAUGAAGUUCUUGUCCAAAAUUGUUGAUCUUCGAAAGAAUGAGACAAACUGGUUGAAGAAGUAUGUUUACACAUCCGCUUUGACUACAUUUGUGUUCUGGGGUGCUCCUACGUUUGUUGCUGUGGUGACUUUUGGAGCCUGCAUGAUAAUGGGAAUACCAUUAGAGUCAGGGAAGGUUCUAUCAGCUCUUGCAACAUUCAGGGUGCUGCAAGAGCCCAUUUAUAACCUCCCUGAUACGAUUUCAAUGGUUAUUCAGACCAAGGUGUCUCUUGAUAGGAUAUCGUCAUUUCUAUGCCUCCAAGAUUUGGAGCCAGAUGUUGUGCACAGACUCCCUCCAGGCAGUUCUGAGGUUGCCAUUGAAGUAACUAAUGGGUGUUUCUCCUGGGAGCUCACUUCAGAGAAUCCUACUCUGAAAGAUUUGAACUUUCAAGUGUUGCAAGGCAUGAGGGUGGCUGUUUGUGGAACUGUUGGCUCUGGUAAAUCCAGCUUGCUCUCUUGCAUUUUAGGCGAAGUACCAAAAGUAUCUGGAACAGUUAAAUUAUGCGGGACGACAGCUUAUGUUGCUCAAUCCCCAUGGAUUCAGAGUGGAAAGAUUCAAGAUAAUAUUCUAUUCGGACAGGAAAUGGACAGGGAGAAGUAUGACAGUAUUCUUGAAGCAUGUUCAUUGAAGAAGGAUUUGGAGAUUCUUCCAUUUGGGGACCAGACUGUUAUUGGAGAGAGAGGAAUCAAUUUGAGUGGAGGCCAGAAGCAAAGAGUUCAGAUUGCCCGUGCUUUAUACCAUGAUGCUGAUAUUUUCCUGUUUGAUGAUCCAUUUAGUGCAGUUGAUGCUCAUACGGGUUCACACUUGUUUAAGGAAUGCUUGCUUGGACUUUUGAGGUCAAAAACUGUGGUCUAUGUCACCCACCAAGUGGAGUUUUUACCUUCUGCUGAUCUUAUACUGGUUAUGAAAGAUGGAAGGAUCACACAAGCAGGCAAGUAUAAUGAUAUACUUAGCUCAGGAACAGACUUCAUGGAACUGGUCGGUGCUCAUCAGGACGCACUGGCCUCACUGGAUUCAGUGGAACUUGCUACUGACACUCCAACCAAUGGCACUGGAGAUAGUUCAUGCAGCAAAGAUAAUGACAAACAUGCAGAAGAUGAACAAAAAGGUAAAACGGAUGAAGCAGUAGAUCAGAAGGGACAGCUUGUUCAAGAUGAGGAAAGGGAAAAAGGCAGCGUCAGCUUUUCUGUCUACUGGAAAUACAUUACAAUGGCUUACAAAGGAGCUUUUGUGCCUCUAAUAUUGUUGGCUCAGAUUCUCUUCCAAGUCCUUCAAAUCGGUAGUAAUUACUGGAUGGCCUGGGCUGCACCUACUUCUGCAGAUGUUGAACCUCCUGUGAGUAGCUCAAUGCUUAUCUAUGUUUUUGUGGCAUUGGCAAUUGGAAGCUCCUUUUGUAUUCUUGUGAGGGCUGUGCUUCUUGUUACUGCGGGAUAUAAGACAGCAACAUUGAUGUUCGACAAAAUGCAUAAUUGCAUUUUCCGGGCUCCUAUGUCGUUCUUUGAUUCUACUCCAACCGGACGCAUACUGAAUAGGGCAUCAACAGAUCAAAGUGAAGUGGACACUGGCAUUCCUCUCCAACUUGGUUCAUUCGCCUUUGCUAUCAUACAGCUGCUUGGAAUCAUUGCAGUUAUGUCACAGGUCGGAUGGCAGAUCAUUCUUAUUUUUAUUCCCGUGAUCGGCGUUUCCUUUUGGUACCAGAGAUACUACAUAGAUUCUGCAAGGGAGUUAGCAAGGUUAGUCGGUGUGUGCAAAGCUCCCAUCAUACAACAUUUUGCAGAAUCCUUGUCUGGAUCAACAACAGUUAGAAGCUUUAAUCAGGAAUCAAGAUUUGAAGGAACUAAUUUCCAGCUUGUGGACAAAUUUUCUCGGCCGAAAUUUCAUAAUGCUGGUGCAAUGGAAUGGCUCUGCUUUCGUCUUGAUAUGCUGUCAUCCAUAACAUUUGCCUUCUCCUUGUUGUUCUUGAUCUCUGUACCAGUAGGUUUCAUUGAUCCAGGUCUCGCUGGGCUAGCGGUUACAUAUGGACUUAAUUUGAACAUGCUGCAAGCCUGGGUUAUAUGGAAUCUUUGCAAUCUCGAAAACAAGAUCAUAUCAGUGGAGAGAAUAUUUCAGUAUAUGAGCAUCCCUAGUGAACCACCUCUUACUACUGACUCAGAAUCAAUCACACUUGAUUGCAAAUGGCCAUCAGAAGGAGAAAUAAUCCUUAAUGACCUUCAGGUUCGAUAUGCUCCUCACAUGCCUUUUGUUCUGAGGGGUGUCACAUGCACAUUUACGGGCGGUACGAAGACUGGCAUUGUAGGAAGAACAGGCAGUGGAAAAUCUACUCUAAUUCAGACACUCUUCCGUAUCAUCGAUCCUACUGUUGGUCAAAUAUUCAUAGACAACAUUGAUAUCUCAACCAUUGGACUUCAUGAUUUGAGGUCUAGAUUAAGCAUCAUCCCACAAGACCCGACUAUGUUUGGUGGCACAAUUCGUAGCAAUCUUGAUCCACUUGAAGAAUACACAGAUGAUCAGAUUUGGGAGGCAUUGGAUUGUUGUCAGCUAGGAGAUGAAGUUAGGAAGAAAGAGCUAAAGCUAGACUCUCCUGUGACCGAAAACGGUGAGAAUUGGAGCGUUGGUCAGCGUCAAUUGGUAUGUCUAGGAAGAGUGCUUCUGAAAAAGAGUAAGAUCUUGGUCCUGGAUGAAGCCACUGCUUCCGUCGACACAGCCACAGACAGCCUGAUUCAGAAAACCAUCAGGCAUCAAUUUGCCGACUCUACAGUUAUUACAAUCGCUCAUCGAAUAACAUCAGUUCUCGAUAGUGAUAUGGUUUUGCUUCUCGAUCAUGGACUGAUUGCUGAGCAUGACUCUCCAGCUAAAUUAUUAGAGGACAAAUCAUCUUUGUUUGCAAAACUAGUAUCCGAGUAUACUAUAAGAUCUAGCUCCAGUUAUGACAACUAAAUGAUCCAUCUUUCAGAGAAUGAACUACGGUCUAACCUCGAUGAUGAUGCCGAAAAUUUCAUAAGCAUGCAUGAAUUUGCUUUCUGAUUGGGAGUAUGUACUGAAGCUUUCUUUGUGACUGCUUUGCCCAGGAAUUGGAAGCAAGAUCAGUGGAGUCUGAAAUAUUUCGCCUCUUUGUAAUGUAAUGUUGAUGUAGUUAUAAUAUUCCGACACUUUGCGAAGUUAUUAAUUAAAUAAGCGAUAAAUGUAAUUUUCCAA